GAGUCUGACGGGUUCAAAAUGGCGGCGGCGGCUGCUUCUAUAAAGGGGCAAAGGAAAAUCAGAGCCCUGGAGGAACAGGAAGAAGAUAGUAGUUCUGAUAUAUCCUUCUCACUCUCAUCAGAAGAGUCUGAGAUGGAACCUGAAGAAGAACGGAUCCGUUAUAGCAAACGACUGCGUGGUGCUAUGAGACGACGCUAUGAGGAUGAUGGUAUCUCAGAUGAUGAAAUUGAAGGCAAGCGAACAUUUGACCUUGAAGAAAAACUUACUACCAGCAAAUUUAAUGCUAACUUUGUAGUGUUCAUGGAAGGCAAAGACUUCACUGCGGAGUACAUUCAACGUGGUGGCUUAAGAGAUCCUUUGAUAUUCAAGAAUUGCGAUGGUCUUGGAAUAAAGAUGCCAGAGCCAGACUUUAGUGUGAGUGAUGUACGACUCUAUGUAGGGAGUCGUAGGAUGGUGGAUGUCAUGGAUGUAAACACACAAAGGGAUAUUGAGAUGACCAUGGCUCAGUGGGCACGCUACUAUGAAACACCAGAGGAAGAGCGAGAGAAGCUAUACAAUGUUAUCAGCUUAGAGUUCAGCCAUACCCGGCUUGAGAACCUGGUGCAAAGGCCAACUACGGUGGAUUUAAUUGAUUGGGUUGACAAUAUGUGGCCAAGGCAUCUGAAGGAAAGCCAGACAGAAUCAACAAAUGCUAUUUUGGAUAUGCAGUAUCCAAAAGUGCAAAAAUAUUGCCUGAUGAGCGUUAAAGGAUGCUACACAGAUUUCCAUGUAGAUUUUGGUGGCACAUCAGUAUGGUAUCACAUCCACAGAGGGGGGAAGGUCUUCUGGCUAAUCCCACCCACUCCGCAGAACUUAGAAUUAUAUGAAAACUGGCUACUAUCAGGGAAACAAGGUGACAUCUUCCUUGGUGACAGGGUAUCAGAUUGUCAGCGUAUUGAACUAAAGCAAGGCUAUACCUUUGUCAUUCCCUCAGGUUGGAUCCAUGCUGUGUAUACUCCUACGGAUACCCUAGUUUUUGGAGGAAACUUUCUACACAGCUUCAACAUCCCUAUGCAGCUACGAAUCUAUAGCAUUGAAGACCGUACACGGGUCCCAGUUAAAUUUCGUUAUCCCUUUUAUUAUGAAAUGUGCUGGUAUGUACUAGAACGCUAUGUCUACUGCAUCACUAACCGUUCCCACUUGACCAAGGACUUUCAGAAGGAAUCACUUAACAUGGAUAUGGAACUGUGUAACUCAGAGUCAGGAAAUGUGGAUGAAGACGAUGCUGUGGGCGGAAAGGAAUCACGUCGUCCAGUCACUAGACGCUCAAUCCUUACCAGCCCAGUAGCCAAUGGUGCUAAUCUAGACUAUGAUGAACUAAGUAGAGAGUGUCGAAGUUUGCCAAGUCUUAAGAGAACUCUCUCCAUGGAUUCUGAAUCCAGUCGAGGUUCCCAGAAUGGCCAAACGUGGGAUUCUCACAGCAAUUGUUCACAUAAAGACAAGAAGGUGCACCUAACACAGUUUGAGCUUGAAGGUCUGCGUUGUCUUGUAGACAAGCUGGAAUCUUUGCCUCUACACAAGAAGUGUGUACCCACAGGCAUAGAAGAUGAGGAUGCUCUUAUUGCAGAUGUUAAGCUAUUGCUUGAAGAGUAUUCAAACAGUGAUCCCAAACUGGCACUUACUGGAAUCCCUAUUGUCCAGUGGCCGAAGAGGGAUAAGCUCAAGCUUCAGACUCGGCCAAAGUUAAGAUUACCUGCCAUCCCUAUCACCAAGCCCCAUACCAUGAAACCAGCUCCACGACCUGCAACUGUGAGACCCACAGUCUCUCCUAUAGUAUCUGGUGCACGAAGAAGGCGGGUGCGAUGUCGUAAAUGCAAGGCCUGCCUGCAGGGUGAAUGUGGCAUGUGUCAUUACUGCAGAGAUAUGAAGAAAUUUGGAGGGCCUGGUCGCAUGAAACAAUCUUGUAUCUUAAGGCAAUGUUUGGCGCCCAGACUGCCUCAUUCUGUCACAUGCGCACUUUGUGGAGAGGUAGAUAAGAAUGAAGAUUCCCAGGAGUUUGACAAGAAACUAAUGGAGUGCUGCAUCUGCAAUGAAAUUGUUCAUCCUGGCUGUUUACAGAUGGAUGGGGAAGGGCUACUGAACGAGGAAUUGCCAAAUUGCUGGGAGUGCCCAAAGUGUUAUAAGGGAGAUGAGGCAGAGAAAGGCCAGAAACGGAAAAUGGAUGAUGGUGAUGAUGACACAGUUCAAGCCAAAGUCUUGCGUCCCUUGCGUAGCUGUGAGGAACCUCUGACUCCACCACCCCACUCUCCUACCCCAAUGCUGCAGCUGAUCCAUGAUCCUGUCUCACCUCGAAGCAUAGUGACGCGGUCCUCUCCAGGGGCGGGUCCUAGUGACCAUCAUGGUGCCAGUCGGGAUGAACGCUUUAAGAGACGACAGAUGCUUCGACUACAGGGCACAGAACGUACAGUUGUGCGGGAAAAGGAAAACAACCCUAGUGGCAAGAAAGAGCUUUCAGAGGUUGAAAAAGCCAAGCUUCAUGGUUCAUAUCUCACAGUCACAUUGCAAAGACCUACCAAAGACGUGCAUGGCACUUCAAUUGUACCCAAGUUGCAGGCUAUCACUGCCUCCACUAAUCUGAGACACUCCCCCCGUGUGGUCAUGCGCCAAAGUUCAGCCAGGACACCCCAGCGGGGUGGAGAUGAAGAAGCAGCAGAGGAGGAAGAGGAAGAUGAAAGUGCAGAUGAAGAAGAAGAGAAUGCUGAGGAAAAUGGGGCAGCCAGGCUAAAUGGACAGGGGGGCAGGGCAUCAGAUAGUGAGGAAAUCUGGAUGCAAAAGGAAGUGUGGAUGUCUGUCUUCCGAUACCUUACUCGCAAGGAGCUUUGUGAAUGUAUGCGUGUAUGCAAAACCUGGUACAAAUGGUGCGGUGAUAGGAGAUUGUGGACAAAGAUUGACUUAAGCAGAUACAAAUCCAUCACACCCAUGGCUCUUGGUGGUAUAAUCAGGAGGCAACCAGUCAGCCUUGACCUCAGCUGGACCAAUAUUUCUAGAAAACAGCUUACCUGGCUCAUCAACAGAUUACCAGGCCUCAAAGACCUCAUCUUGGCAGGCUGCUCCUGGUCAGCAGUAUCUGCUCUCAGUACCUCUACCUGCCCCCUUCUCAGGACCCUCGAUCUUCGGUGGGCAGUAGGAAUCAAGGAUCCUCAGAUUCGGGACUUGCUGACACCUCCAUCAGAUAAACCCAGUCAAGACAAUCGCAGCAAACUCCGUAACAUGAUAGACUUCCGAUUGGCCGGGCUGGAUAUUACUGAUGUCACACUCCGGCUCAUCAUUCGCCACAUGCCUGCGCUCUCACGACUUGAUCUUGGUCACUGCAAUCACCUUACAGACCAGUCAGCCAACCUGUUAACAGCUGUUGGAUCUUCCACACGAAACUCACUCACUGAAAUUAAUAUGGCAGGUUGCAAUAAGCUCACAGACCAGUCCCUGCUGUACCUGCGACGCAUCUCUAAUGUCACUCUGAUAGAUCUGCGUGGCUGCAAACAGAUCACCCGUAAGGCCUGCGAGCACUUCAUUUCAGACCUGUCAAUCAACAGCCUCUAUUGCCUGUCAGAUGAAAAGCUGAUCCAAAAAAUCAGCUAGAAAUUUGCCACA